CCCCUAUGCCUGGGAGAGUGUCAAUGGCGCCGAUGUGUUGCUAUCAGAUGCGGAGGAGCCUGCUGCAUUUGAGUGGCUUUAUGCGCAGUUCACUGGCUAUCGAGGUUCGCUCAAUCAUUACUUUGGGCCUCGUCCCACUGACUCGCACUGCCUCGAUCUGCAAGCGCGACUCUCCACGGUUCGCUAAGUCCUAAUCGCACACGCGAGCGAGAUUGAAAUACGGUAACUUGUGUACGCUUAAUUAGCUACUUAUGUGACCACGGCCUCUGAGGCUCGGGUGCCGCCGGAG